AUGGGAGGCGGUGAGAGAUGCGACAUUCCGGCGCCCCAUCCCGAACCUUCAGCCUCCAAAAAGCACUACCAUGUCAGCAAGGCCAAGCCGAGGAUCCGGAACCAGCACGCUGGCACGUUUUCUGCGUCUUCCGGUGCUCCGACGACUCCUGAGAAACUGGCUGAGGAUAACAGCGGUGGCUCGGUUCGCUUCUCCUACAACAAUCAGUGCUGGGGAGGAGCUGUGACCCACCUGAACAACAUCCUGGUCACGCAGUGCAGCCACGCUUACGCCGGCGCCAAAUUCAGUGAGCCGCCUUCCCCUAGCGUUCUCCCUAAACCUCCUAGUCACUGGGUUUCCCUUCCCAUGAUUCCCUGCGAUCGGCGCGAGAUGAUGGCCUUCCAGUUAAAGAGCCUGCUCAAAGUGCAGGCAUGA